AUGAGCUUCAGACAUGAUCCAGGUUAGUUUUCAAACAUUUAUUUUCAAGAAAAACCACAUUUUUGCAGUUUUCCAAUCACUUCGAAAAAUACAAAAACUGGAACUUCAGGAUGCAAAAACCAGCAUCGAAUCCCUGCUACCAAAGGUUCCAAUUGGAUGUUUGGACCGCUGCCGAAAGUUAUUGUGGAGAAUUCUGAUUCCAAUUCUUGAAUCGCAUGUAGAAACUUUUGGAUUAGUCCAAUUAUUGUGGAAUUCGCCUCAUUUUUCGAGAUGUGAAGUAUUCUGGAAAUUAUUAGAUUUGCCACGUGACAGAGAAGUAGGACUGUACAUAAAAACAGGGUUUUCGGAUGAAGUGCACUUUUUUACAGCCCUACAGACAAGCAUGGAUUGAGCAAUUUUUUUUAAUUUUCCAAAUCGAAUCAUUCGAAAAUGAGAUAAAUGCUGCAAAUAUGAUGAUAGCUGUAUGUUUUUUUUCAUAAGAAAUCUAUAAUUUUUCACUUAUAGAUAUUCGAUCGAAUGAAUAGAAACGAAAAGGCACGAUAUGUUACACCCAUCAAAAUCGGAGUCUUUGUGAAAGUUGAAGUUUUUGAUCGUUGCAAAAGUGGAAUUCUUGAAUCGAUGAAUGCGAUUAUUUCCAAUGCAGAUAGUGAAAAUGAGAAAAUAAUUGAAGUUUUGGAGGAUAUUUCAUGUUUAUUUGGAAAUUAUUGCCUUGUCAGAUUUAUGGUUAGAAGACUCGAUUGUAUUUUGAGUGAAGAUACUGUGUUUGCGAUAAGAUAUGCUAAGGUGAUAAUUUUCUUUAUUUUAGGCUCCUAACAAAUCUGAAAACUUUUUAUUUUUCAGACAUUGCUGAACAAUAAUUCCGAAACAUCAGGUUUCUAUCAAACUUCUGAUCCGAAUAUAUCUGAAGUAUUAUUAGAAAAUCUUGAUGUUCAAUUAUCAAAAUUCAAUCCAGAAUUUGAUAAACUUCAGUUAGCAUUCGAUUUAGUCAAUAGUUUUGUCGAUUUCAAAUCCAUAAAUUUCGAAGCGAUAGAUCAAAAAAUCGAAAAAAUGAAUGAAUUGGGAGUUUUGUAAGUUUUAAGUCUCACUUCAUAAGAAGAUAAAUAAGUUUUUUUGCAGAAAAGUUUUUAACAAUUUCAAGGAAAAUGGUCAAACCCAGAAACCAAUUCCAAUGGAUGGUGUUUAUACAAUAGAGAAUACUAGGCAGUUUUUGAUAGAAAAUAAGGAGAAAUCCGGUGAGUUGUGGAAUAUUUCUAAAACAAGAUGACGCGAAAAUGUAUAUUUUACAGCGCGGUAUUUGAUAGAUGAAAUCAACAAUGAAGUACAUUUGGAUAAUAGAAUUGCGAGAAUCGUGGCGAUUAAUAAAUUAACAGAUUCUUUCACUCGUUUCGAAUUACAUGACAAACUAUUGCAAUGUUUUCGUAUGAUAUCUGAUGAAUAUCUACUAUCACAUAAAAUUCAUUUUCUUCUCGAAGAAAUUGAUUGUAUCGAAAUGUUGAACUAUUGGUUUGAUAAUGCUCAAUCUUCCCAUUUUUUGUUUCUUGCUGCAAAAUUCAUUCCAUCUCUAGGAACAAAAGAGGGAAUUAUCAAAGUUGUCGCGAAGUUUUUGAUGAAAAUCAAUUUCAUCGAUCUGUUUCAAGCGAUGACAAUUAGAGCAAUGUGGGAACAAAUAAAAACGGUUUUGGAAAAUGUUGGAGAUGUAUUUAUGGAAAUGGAGGCGAAGAGAGGUUAUAGUAAUUGGAUGGAUGAUUAUCGGUUUGUUAUGACGAUUGAGAAAUUGUCGAAGUUUUUGGAGAGGAAAGAUUUCAUCAAAGUUUUGCUUGUAAGAAUUGAUUUGCUGUUUGAUCCGGAUUUUAAGACCAGAUAUGCAUUGGUGAGUUAUAAUUAGAUACCUCAGAAAGAAUUUUCUAUCAUAAUUUCUUACUUUAGACAUUGGCUCAAUGUGGAUUCGACGAGCAGAAUAGAUAUCAAAUAAAUCCAGCCACAAGUCGAGAAAAUGACAAAAUUGUCGAAAAAAUUUUCAAAUAUCUGUGCGAACUUCACCCAGAAAUUUCGAAUCGAGCAACUAUCGAAGUGGCCGUUCAGAUUUUCAAGAAUUUUGUCGACGUUGAUGUCGAUGAUUUUUGGGUUUAUGUCGAUUUGCAAUCGAUUUUAUGGCUGAAAAAUUGGGCUAGACAACAUUUGACACGAGAUGAUGAUGUGAAUUUAAGGUAUUCUUUUCAAUUUUGAGGUAUUCUUUUCAAAGAAACCUUUUCCAUAUUUUUGUUUCAGACAAAAAAUCAAUGAUAUCUUCGAGACAAAUAAAUCUUACUCAAGUCAGCCGUCAUUCGGAACAAAUUACGAGGUUGUGAGCCAGAGGCGAGCUUUAAAGUUUUUCGAGUCUGAUAUACGUAGAGAAUAUUUUGUAUCCAGAGAUCCACUGUAACUUAUUCUAAUAUUUUUUUAAAAAUUUUCUUUUAACUUAUAUAUUUUCCAAAUUCAACAAAAAAUAAAACAGAUGUUUCCAAAAAAUCUCAAACUUUUUCGACUUGAAACCUUUUUGUCGUGGUCCCCAGUUUUUUCCCUUGUUACACUAGAAUCUGCUCAGAAAACCAGGGCGUAGCUACAUUGGCGAACGUGCGUAGCUACAUGGUUGUCAGUCUCUCUUUCCAGAAUUUGAACAAAGUAGCUACGCAUGACUGUCUGCUCCACACUAUUUCCAUUUUUGUGGACUAUGUGGAACUCCAGAAAUCCAACAGUGUAGUUACAUAGAACGGUGUAGCUACACAAAAAAUUUCACUUUUUUCGAAAUUUUCGUAACUACAUUGUUGGUUUUCUGGAGUUCCGCAUAGUUCACAAACGUGGAAAUAGUGUGGGGCAGACAGUCUCGUAGCUACAAAAGUCUAUUCACGUAGCUACAUCGUUGUCAGGCUCUCUUUACAGAAUUCCAACAAUGUAGCUACGCCCUGGUUUGCUGAGUGACCAUAUUUUCCUUCUUUAUUUGAUUCGCCGCUUCCGAAUUCAGUCUGAAAUCGAUCGUGGAUCUGAAAAAGAAAAAAACAUGUAUGUAACAUUGUAUCCCGGGUUAUUGUAGCUGUACUAAAUUCCUCUAUGUUCUCGAAAACAUUCAAAAGACCAAUAAAUUCAAAUUGCCAUGACAUUCCUUUUGCGGAUAAUGUUUAAAAAAAAAAUCAUUUCCGAAAUGAGAACUUCCCUUAUUUCUAUUUCAUUCAUUUUCCACGUGGCAAUUGGAAAAAUGAUAGUUUUUUAUGGGACUUUUGAUAGUCCUAACGACUUUGAACCAACUUUGCCAACAAUAAAUAUAUAUUCUUGGGACGAGUGUAUUUGUUGGUGUAGAAAUACUUCAAAAUGUUUGUUGGUUUAUAAAAAAUCAGAUGUAUUGUGUAACAUAAUUGAAUUUGAUAUGAGAAACGCAACUGAUAAUAUGAAAUACACAAACAAUCGAGAUGAUAUGGAAAUUGCGAUAAAAUCGGAUGUCACAAAUUGUUCGGAGAGUAUUGAACUUCUCGAAACUCAACAAUUCGAUAAAUUAAAAGCCUGUGCAGCUAAUCUUACGAAAAUGAUUCGUAUCAAUUCAGUUGUUUGUGCAACGAGAAUGUAUCUACAUACAACACAAGCGAAAGCUUUCCAAUUUUGCGAAACAAAAAAUAUGGAGAAAUUAGGAUUUGAAAAUGCCAAUGAGCGAAGAAUGUGGAGUAAAUUGAAUCCAGCGGCGAACCGCACAAAUACACAAGUAGUUCUUGGAGCAGAUAUACUUUCUGGCAGUGUUAAGUGGACGGAUCCUUGGAUCACUGGAGACAGUGAAUUGAGUUAUUGGGCAUCAGGAUUUCCUAAAUAUGGGUAAGACAAUUACAGAGAAACAAAAAUCUAUUUUUUUAAAUUUUUUGUAGGGAUAAAUGUGUAGUGUUACAAAUGGCUACACAACUCCUGGAAACCGUUGAAUGUGAGAGUUUGGUUUGUGGAUCACUGAAUUGUCCAUCAAUAGUUCUAUGUGGACAACAUGUAUAA